AUGAAGUCAUUCCUCAAGACUGCUGUGAGCACUAUCCUGCUCGUUGGCACCGUUGCCGGCGCUGCUAUCGAGGACCCCGUUGAGCUCUUCAACCGUCAGGCAGCUGGUGUUGUCAUCCGCCAAUGCACCAGACCCGGUGUCCUCGCUCUCGCCUACGAUGACGGCCCUGGACAGUACACCAGCCAGCUCGUCGACAUCCUCAACAACGCUGGUGCCAAGGCCACCCUCUUCCUGACCGGCACGCUCUACGGCUGCAUCUACAACCAGCAGGCCGCCAUCAAGAAGGCCUACAACUCUGGCCACCAGAUCGCCAGUCACACCUGGACUCACCCCCAGAACUUCGGCAGUCUCAGCACCGACGGGCUCAAGCAGGAGAUGCAGAAGGUCGAGCAGGCCUUGGUCAACAUCAUCGGCAAGAAGCCCGCCUACAUGCGACCUCCUUACCUCGCCACCGGCGGUAACGUCCUGCCCACCAUGCAGCAGCUCGGAUACAAGGUCAUCACCGACGAUGUCGACUCAGGCGACUGGAAUGGUCAGUCCGCGUCGCAGAGUCUGCAGAAGUUCCAGCAGGCUGGUGCUGGUGGAAACGGCCACAUUCCCCUCAUGCACGAGACCUACGCCAGCACGGUGCAGACUCUCACUCCUGCGUUGAUCAACUGGGCCAAGCAGAACAACCUGAAGCUCGUCACUGUUGCUGACUGCCUUGGUAACGCUGGUGGUGCUUACCAGUCUGGAACCUUCACCGGCAACGGACAGAACCACUGUUAA